UUACUGUUUGAUAUUCGAAGCUUCUAGUAGUCGCUGUGAUGAUGCCCUCAGUAUUUACGUUCAACCGCAGUGAUAAUGAAAUUCUGCAGGAAUUGCUUAGAGUGUUCAGUUCAGGAAGAGGCACAGCGAGAGAACAAUGGAGUCUGCAAGCUGAAGUUCUAGUGGAGCCCGUUGGUUGGGAUGCAUUGUGGAAAUUGUCUAAAGAAUUUUGUAAGAAAUUUGAGGUAAGGUUUCCAUGCAUAGCAUGCGUUACCGUUACAUCUGUUGAUUUUGAAGAGCUUUCUGCUAAUGUUGAUGUACUGAGUGUUCAACAUGAGGCUGUGUCCUUACCUGAGAGAGUCUUGGAUGUACCACUUAUAGAACUCUGGCCGACAGUGAAACAGCGAGAACAGUGUGUUAACGCAGCCAGUACAGCUGAGUUCAUUGAUUUAUUGAGAUUCUUUUACCAUAACAUUUGGAUGCCUUGGGACGAUCAAGAUGAUAAAGUUCUUUUACCAAAUACUAUAGAAGAUAGGAUGAAUCUUUGGAUGGAACUCCACAACGGGACAAUACCAAACUGUGUUUCUAGGUCCAUAAUGUUACUCCGUAACAGUGCAAUCAAUGCUCACGAGAAAUUGAGAGAACUUGACUCUUCUUUAUGUGAAGGCCAUAUUGCAGAUGAAGAUGAUUCUCUUCUACCACCAAACUACAUAUCACUCUGUGCAGAGAUGAAUGCAAGAUUGGAUGGACUUAUGUCUAAAUGGACUUUAUAUGAAAAUCCCCUCAUUAGAGAACAGUAUCUUGCUAAAGCGAAGAGUAAAUGGCAAAAGAAUAAAAGUAAAAAAAAUGUUGUGGCUCUCUGGCAAGGCGGCAAUGUGUCAGAAUUUCAAAACAUUUCUAAAUUCCUUUGCUCGCAAUUAACAAAUGAACAAAAUCUGACUGUGAUGUUGUCGCCUGAAGAGGGAUUGUCAAUGGAGCCGGAAGAAGUUGUAAUAUGUGGAAAAGAAUAUGAAAUCCCAGAAAUGCCUUUAUCACACAUAUCAUUUUGUAGCUAUAAUGGAGCAACACUUAAAGCGUCAGACAUGAGAUCUUGUCUGUUGAUGUUAAGUGACGACUGCAGAAUACGAGAUUUAACAUUGCAUUGUGCACUUGUUAACACAAUUAUAGUAAUGAGAGCUGGCUCUUUGCACAUCAAGAACUGCAUGUUAAUCGAUGAUUCGAAGAGCUUUCAGAGUGAUUUCGCACAGGGAAUAGUAGCGAUGUCAGGGGCAAAUAUAGUGUUAGAGGAUUGUACAUUUGAAAACUUCUACUCUGGAAUCGUUGUACACAAGGGAGCACAGGUUGAGUUUCGUAAUUGCUUGAUAAGAAAGUGUGGCGUGGGUAUCCAGAUGUACUCGGGCUCUCAUGUCAAGUUAGACGGAACUGUCAUAUCUGAGUGUACAGAGCAGAGUAUACGAUGUGAGGUUUAUAUGGAUGGAAAUGAGAAGAAUACGGAAAUGGAUGGCUUACAAGUGAUGUCAAAUUGUAAAAUUGGUUCUGGCAACUUGCAGAGAGAAGUUCUUAUAGUACAACAAGAUGUUAACAUAAUGUAGGCCUUAUUUAUUUAAGAAGUAGGAAGCUGUUUAUUUAAAUGCAAAUAAAACUAAAUGUUUUGUUUCUUCUUUCUUAAUACUGGCGACAGAUUGAAUGGCAGAGACAUUUUUUAUUUUUGUGUUAAUCUUUCUGAACUUUGAACUCUCCAAUAAAUAUUAAGUAAUAAUAUUUAAUAUACAUAGCUAUAACAUUUACUGUUUAUACCUGCAUUACAACUGAAGACAAGAUUAUAAAAAUAAUCAAUUGAAACAAGUGGCAUAGCUGUCACUUGCCUAGCUUCGCGCCUUGACCUAUUAAAUCGUAGUAAUUUAAAUUACUUGGCUGAUAACUUACUACAACUAGUUAACUUGAACACGGUGCUCUAAUUUUCUGCAAUUUAUUUGGUCAAGGGAUGUGGCAAACUAAGUGACCGCCUUGAAUCACUAUUAUCUUAUUUCAAAUAGACGCUGUAUCGGCUUUAUACACCAUAUAUGUACCAAAUAAAAGGUAAUACUUUGGUUAUGGAAAAAAUAAACAACAAAAAUAAGUUAAAUUAUUUAUACAGCUAGCUUAGGAAACCCAGGGGCGAUAACCAUACCAGUGCAUGCAAAGUAUUCAAAAACAACAAAGCAAUAGAUACCUCUCCGAUUAUGUUCAAUUAUCCAAUAUAAUUCUAGCUCAUGUUUUUUAUUAGGAUGUAAAUAAAACAGACAAGCAGACAGACAUAUUUAUAGAAAAGACGAUAAACAUAACACAAUGUUUUAAAGCUUUUUGGGAGGAUCUAAGUUCUUUUUACGUACAAAAAAAGUAGUACAUUAUUAACAAUAUUUAAAAUAUAUUCCUUUUUUCUGGUAAAAUCUCAGCUACCGUAACUAAACAUAACAUUAAAUUUGUAAACACAGUCCAAAAUUAGUUUUGCCCUAAGAAUUUAAGUAUUUUUACUAAAAAUAAGUUUAUAAGGUUUAUACUUUAUAACAUUCUUCAGCGGUACUAUUCAAUAUAUAUCAAAAUACGUUAUUCUAUAGUUUAACACAAGAUAUUUUCAAGUGUAAUUGUCAGUUUAUUGUGUCUAAUGUACCAUUAUAUAAUAUGAGAGCUUUAAUUUAUUUUAGUUUGCUGUCGUACGAUAAUGAAAAUAAAAUAUUUUAACAUUGUUAGUGUUAUAGGUUCAUUUAAAUGUUUCUUAUUUAUAGUAUCUUGAAAUAAUAAUAAAAAAUUAAAGUCA